CGCGCCGCUGCGCGAUGCAGUGUGGGGAAUGGCUGGGGUUGGCUGAAGAGCGCACAGUGGAGUUUUAAUGUCCGCCAUGUUGGCCAUGGCGUAUUGAGGAGAGCGAGCGAGCGAGGAGCGGAGCGGCACAGCCUCCCACCUCCCGGCUGCUGGUAGUGCCCGACGGCGGGCUCUGCGCUCCGCCCCUCAAGUCCCCGGCAGCGGCAGGCGAGUGGGGACCGAACCCCCGGUUCUCCAUGAUCCCGCUGGCCGGGGCCGUUUCCCCAGAGCGGAGAGGUAUCUGCUGCGCCUGAGAUGAGUAAACUGUCGUUUCGGGCGCGGGCGCUAGACGCCUCGAAGCCGCUGCCGGUGUUCCGCUGUGAGGAUCUGCCCGACCUGCACGAAUACGCCUCGAUAAACCGAGCCGUGCCGCAGAUGCCCACCGGAAUGGAGAAGGAAGAGGAGUCGGAACACCAUCUUCAGCGGGCUAUUUCAGCACAGCAGGUGUAUGGCGAGAAGAGGGAUAAUAUGGUUAUACCAGUCCCAGAGGCAGAAAGUAAUAUUGCUUACUAUGAGUCUAUUUAUCCUGGGGAAUUUAAGAUGCCAAAGCAGCUCAUUCACAUACAGCCUUUUAGUUUGGAUGCUGAACAGCCUGAUUAUGAUUUGGAUUCUGAAGAUGAAGUAUUUGUGAAUAAACUGAAAAAGAAAAUGGACAUCUGCCCAUUGCAAUUUGAGGAGAUGAUUGACCGUCUAGAAAAAGGCAGUGGUCAGCAGGUACAACUUCGCUGUCCAGUCAGUCUGCAGGAAGCCAAACUACUGCUAAAAGAAGAUGAUGAAUUAAUUAGAGAAGUUUAUGAAUACUGGAUUAAAAAGAGAAAAAACUGUCGAGGGCCAUCUCUUAUCCCAUCAGUAAAACAAGAGAAACGAGAUGGUUCCAGCACAAAUGAUCCUUAUGUGGCUUUUAGAAGACGUACUGAAAAAAUGCAGACUCGAAAAAAUCGCAAAAAUGAUGAAGCCUCUUAUGAAAAAAUGCUUAAGCUGCGUCGAGAUCUAAGUCGGGCUGUUACUAUUCUAGAGAUGAUAAAAAGAAGAGAAAAGAGUAAAAGGGAGCUAUUGCACUUAACACUGGAAAUUAUGGAAAAGAGGUAUAAUUUGGGUGACUAUAAUGGAGAGAUCAUGUCUGAGGUUAUGGCACAGAGACAGCCAAUGAAACCUACUUAUGCCAUCCCCAUCAUCCCUAUUACUAAUAGCAGUCAAUUUAAACAUCAGGAAGCAAUGGAUGUGAAGGAGUUUAAAGUUAAUAAGCAAGAUAAAGCUGAUCUUAUCCGACCUAAACGUAAAUAUGAAAAGAAGCCCAAAGUCUUACCAUCGUCUGCUGCUGCUACUCCUCAACAGACGAGUCCUGCUGCACUGCCAGUCUUUAAUGCUAAAGAUUUAAAUCAGUAUGACUUUCCCAGCUCAGACGAAGAACCUCUCUCCCAGGUCUUGUCUGGCUCUUCAGAAGCUGAGGAAGAGAAUGACCCCGAUGGUCCUUUUGCUUUCCGUAGGAAGGCAGGCUGUCAGUACUAUGCUCCUCACUUAGACCAGACUGGCAACUGGCCUUGGACUAGUCCUAAAGAUGGAGGAUUAGGGGAUGUACGAUAUAGAUACUGCUUAACUACCCUCACCGUACCCCAAAGGUGUAUUGGAUUUGCACGAAGACGGGUUGGGCGCGGAGGAAGGGUCUUACUGGACAGAGCUCACUCAGACUAUGACAGUGUGUUUCGCCAUCUGGAUUUGGACAUGCUUUCCUCACCGCAACAUUCUCCAGUCAAUCAGUUUGCCAAUACCUCAGAAACAAAUACCUCGGACAAAUCUUUCUCUAAAGACCUCAGUCAGAUACUAGUCAAUAUCAAAUCAUGUAGAUGGCGGCAUUUUAGGCCUCGGACACCAUCCCUACAUGACAGUGACAAUGAUGAACUCUCCUGUAGAAAAUUGUAUAGGAGUAUAAAUCGAACAGGAACAGCACAACCUGGGACCCAGACAUGCAGUACCUCUACGCAAAGUAAAAGUGGCAGUGGUUCAGCACACUUUGCAUUUACAGCCGAACAAUACCAGCAACAUCAACAGCAACUGGCAUUAAUGCAGAAACAGCAGCUUGCACAAAUUCAACAACAGCAAGCAAAUAGUAAUUCCUCCACCAACACUUCACAGAACCUUGCAUCUAACCAGCAGAAAAGUGGCUUUCGCCUGAAUCUACAUCAUAGCCAUUCUAUACAGGGUUUAGAAAGAACAUUACAGGGUUUUGUUUCCAAGACUUUGGAUUCUGCUAGUGCUCAAUUUGCUGCUUCUGCUUUGGUGACAUCAGAACAACUGAUGGGAUUCAAGAUGAAGGAUGAUGUGGUGCUUGGAAUUGGGGUGAAUGGCGUCCUUCCAGCCUCAGGAGUAUACAAGGGCUUACACCUCAGUAGUAAUACACCAACAGCACUUGUUCAUACAAGUCCGUCAACGGCAGGUUCACCUUUGUUACAGCCUUCAAACAUGACACAGACUUCAAGUUCCCACAGUGCACUGAGUCAUCAAGUAACUGCUGCCAAUUCUGCAACAACUCAGGUUCUGAUUGGGAACAACAUUCGAUUAACUGUACCUUCGUCAGUUGCCACUGUAAACUCUAUUGCCCCCAUAAAUGCACGACAUAUACCUAGGACUUUAAGUGCUGUUCCAUCAUCUGCCUUAAAGCUGGCUGCCGCAGCAAACUGUCAAGUUUCCAAGGUUCCGUCUUCAUCCUCUGUAGAUUCAGUUCCAAGGGAAAAUCAUGAAUCAGAAAAGCCAGCACUAAACAACAUAGCAGACAAUACAGUAGCGAUGGAGGUGACGUAGCUUCCUCAGGAAUGGAACCGCAGCCUGGGGACUUGAUUAGGUGCUAUGCAUCAGUAGCAUUUUGAAUGCAAGGGAUGAUGGAAUGCAGCACAUGCGUUUCUGUGGCAGCUGUGGGGACUUGACAGCAAUGCUCAUCUCUCAUGCUUCAAUUUUUCUUUUCUUACUGUUAAUAGGAAAAAAUCAACAUCUGUAAAUUAAGAAUACAGCAAUUAUCUGUACAGUACUGCAUAUUUGUAAUACCCUUGUAUAUAUGUUACUUGAAUACAGAAAUGUUCAUUUGUGAUGCUUUGCACUUGGGGG